AUGGAAGAAGGAAACACUACGUCGUUCUUCCUGCUCGGAGGGUACGAUUCGUUAAUCGAUCGAAACACGUCCGCGUUCAGCGCGUACCCAGACGAAGAGCAACUCAACCAAACCAUGGGUAACUUUACGUGUCCACCGACGGACAUGCCCACGACGUACUACCUGUUUAUGUUCCUGUACGCGGUCGUCUGCCUAGUCGGCGUGCUCGGCAACACACUCGUCAUCUACGUGGUGCUACGAUUCUCCAACAUGCAAACCGUCACCAACAUGUACAUCCUGAACCUCGCGAUCGCGGACGAGUGUUUCCUUAUCGGCAUCCCGUUCCUGAUCGCUACCAUGCACAUGAAACGGUGGACACUUGGUGGUGCCAUGUGUAAGGCGUACAUGGUGAGCACCUCGGUGACGCAGUUCACGUCCUCGAUCUUCCUGUUCAUCAUGUCCGCUGAUCGGUACAUUGCGAUCUGUCAUCACAUCUCGUCACCGAAGUACCGGACGCCACUGGUGUCCAGGAUCGUGUCACUGCUCGCGUGGCUCGCAUCCGCUCUGAUCAUGCUGCCCAUCAUGAUCUACGCGGACGUGAUCGAGCAAAAGCCCAACACGUACUCGUGCCAGAUACUGUGGCCGGAAACGCACGGCCAUCUGCCCGGGUACACGUUUACGGUGUACUCGCUGAUACUCGGUUUCGUGAUCCCGCUCUGCUUCAUCAUGACGUUUUACUGUCUGGUUAUCCGGAAGCUCCGUAACGUAGGUCCUAAAACGACGGGAAAGUCUCGUGGUAAGCGGCGUUCACACCGUAAGGUGACUAAGUUGGUGCUGACCGUCAUCACGGUGUACAUCCUGUGCUGGCUGCCAUACUGGAUCUCGCAGGUCGCGCUCAUCACGUCCGACUUCGAGACGUGCAGCACGCGACUCGAUCUGAUCCUGUUCCUGCUGGUCGGGUGCCUCGGUUACAUCAACUCCGCCAUCAACCCGAUCCUGUACGCGUAUCUGAGUGAGAACUUCAAGAAGAGCUUCCUGAAGGCGUGCACGUGUGCGGCCCGAGCUGAGGUGAACGCUCAGCUAAAGCUCGAGAACAGCGUCAUGCCGAAACGGUCGAGAACGCGCACUAACUCCGACACAACGCAACUGACGACUGGCUCAAAGGUACAGCAUCGGUUACUCGUAGAACCAACGACGACGGCCACUACGACAACAACUGCGGCCUCGUGUGUGUCAUCUCGGAACCCAAGUCCUCCACCGCGGAACAACGGCAACCAUCUUCUGACCGUGCCUGGUGUUGCAGGUUCCACCGGUGGUUGUGUUGGUGCCCACGACAACAAUAAUGACGUCUCUGACUCUGCGAGAACUUCAGACGACAGCCCCAGUGGGAAGGCAAGAUCUCUUCGCGGGGACAACUCGGGUCCGGCAGAAACGCGCACGACAUUGACGACCGGAAACGGCCUCGGGGAACCACUUGUCCAGGUGACGUAA